AGCACGAGCGGUAGACUACUUGUCAAGCGGCGUGUCUUCAAGUGUCGUGCAUGCAUUUUAUGCAAUCUGUUUCCUUUGCAUGCACUCUCUCUCCUCUCUCUCUCUCUCUCUCUCUCUCUCUCCCCCCACAAAUCCACGUUUUCUUGGGUAAAAGACUCCUAAUUACCACCGCCGUAAGCGUAACGCUCUGCUGGAAGCGCCGCCAUAUCCGCCGAGUUGACCACUCCGUUGUUCUUUAGUUCGACUUUUCGACUUUCGUAGAGCAGUAUUUUACUGCUACUGGUUGGGAAAAUAGAGUGUUACGAGGGUGAAAGAUAAAUGAGUUGGUUUUUUUUUUCGUUAUAUAUCUGAACGGGAGGAGCACUUAAAGAUUUGGGUUCUUCGAGGAUUUGGAUGAGACUUUGAUUUUGGCUUAAUGGGGUCCAAGAUUUGCAUGAAUGCUUCGUGCGGAGCUACCACCACGCACGAAUGGAAGAGAGGCUGGCCUUUAGGAUCCGGUGGAUUCGCCGAUCUAUGUCACAACUGCGGAUCUGCCUAUAAGGAUCUUGUUUUCUGUGAUAUGUUCCACUUAGAGGAAACUGGUUGGAGGGAAUGCAGUUUAUGCAACAAGCGAAUCCACUGUGGUUGCAUAAUAUCCGAGCGUUCGUAUGAGUACCUUGAUUUUGGGGGUGUCGGGUGUAACAGCUGUGUGAAAAGCUCUGGAAUUUAUCCGAUCUGGAGGGGUGAACUUUCUAAUGGAUCUGGUUUAUUAACGGUAAAUAAUGCUGGCGAUUCACUCUCCAGUCCUUUUGAGAAAAGAUUGGUCAGUGACGAUGAGGGAAGACUUAUGCAGUUGUGCAAAAUCAUGGAAGCUGAUGAACCAAACCUCUUGCCUCAAUCUGAGAGAGGUGGAGUAAAUGCAUCUCAAGUUGGCCUAGGCUUUUCGAAUGUGACUCAGCCAUCCAUUGGAUCAGACCCAUUCACCAAACCAGACAAUAGUAGACAAAUAUUGGAGGGCAAAGAUAUGCAUGAGUCACUAGCUAAGCCAUCUUUGAAUAUGACCUUGGGAACUCCAAAUUUUGUGCUUCCCUUUUCUGGUGGGGUUGUAGAUGGAAGGGAACAGAGCAAAACACCUUCUCCCAUCCAACAAGGGCAAAGAUCUCGCCCAAUACUGCCCAAACCCACAAAAACUAGCCUCACUGUAAGUUCAGAGACAAAUAAAAGUGUGGCACAGAUGCGAAUCGCUAGGCCUCCUGCUGAAGGACGGGGAAAAAACCAGUUACUUCCCCGUUACUGGCCAAGAAUUACUGACCAAGAGCUGGAGCAAUUAUCCGGAGAUUUGAAUUCCACUAUUGUGCCAUUGUUCGAGAAAGUGCUCAGUGCCAGUGAUGCUGGUCGGAUUGGUCGUUUGGUUCUCCCAAAAGCAUGUGCUGAAGCGUAUUUUCCUCCUAUUUCUCAAUCAGAAGGCCUGCCUUUAAGGAUUCAAGAUGUGAAGGGGAAUGAGUGGACAUUUCAGUUCAGAUUUUGGCCCAAUAACAACAGCAGGAUGUAUGUUUUAGAGGGUGUUACCCCUUGCAUACAGUCUAUGCAAUUACAAGCGGGUGACACGGUAACAUUUAGUCGGAUUGAUCCUGGAGGCAAACUUGUCAUGGGGUUUCGAAAGGCAUCCAACGCUGCAGAUUCACAGGAUGCCCAGAUGUCUGCCCUUCCUAAUAGCACGCCUUCUAGGGAAACUUCCUUUGCUGGUGUUAUUGAGAGUCUGCCUUCAGGAAGUGGCUACUCUGGGCUUUUUCAAACAAUGAAAGGAAGCAAGGAACCUCACUUAAAUGCUCUCUGUGAAAAUUUGCAUUUAGGGGAGGGAGAUAUCGGGUUGAAUAAAUGUGAUUACCAUGGAGACAGGAUAAAUGAUGAUUCACCACAGCAACCAAUGCACAUUCGAGAGAAGAAGAGGACUCGAAAUAUUGGCUUUAAAAGUAAAAGGCUGUUAAUGCAUAGUGAAGAGGCUCUGGAGCUAAGACUUACAUGGGAAGAAGCACAAGACUUGCUUCGUCCACCUUCAUGUGUGAAGCCAAGCAUUGUUACAAUUGAGGACCAUGAGUUUGAAGAAUAUGAUGAACCACCGGUUUUUGGAAAGAGGACUAUAUUCACCGCCCUUCCUUCUAGGGGACCAGUACAAUGGGCUCAGUGUGACGAUUGCUCCAAAUGGCGAAGGUUGCCAGUGGAUGUCCUUCUCCCUCCAAAGUGGACGUGUUCAGAAAAUGUUUGGGAUUCAAACAGGUGCUUCUGCUCUGUACCAGAGGAGGUCAGUCUGAAGCAAUUAGCUAAUCUUCUGAGAGUAAGGAAAGAUUACAAGAAGCGAAGAAGUGCAGAAAGCCAUAUGUCAGUCCAAGAACGUGAGCCAGCUUCUGGCUUGGAUGCCUUGGCCUGUGCUGCAGUUCUGGGAGAUAAUGUGGGUGAUUCUGGUGAACCCUCAGUUGGAGCCACCACCAAACAUCCUCGACAUCGCCCUGGCUGCACUUGUAUUGUGUGCAUCCCCCCAAGUGGGAAGGGGAAGCACAAGCCCACAUGUACUUGCAACGUGUGCAUGACCGUAAAGCGCAGGUUUAAAACCCUAAUGCUGCGCAAGAAGAAACGCCAAUCAGAACACGAAGCAGAGACUGGCCAGAAGGAUGAAAACCACCUUAAGGAUGAAUCAAAAACGAAUGGUCCAUCAAGAGAUGGACUACUGUUGCCUAAGAAUUAUCCCGGCAAUGAAGAAAGCCACAGCAGAAAUCAAUUAGCUGAGUUGGCUGAGAUCGACAAUGGACAAAUAGACCUGAAUUGUCAUCCCAAACGUGAAGACAUGCAACUGGAUCUGGAGGUACCAGGAAUGAGCCUGCAGAGCCUUGUUCAAGCGGCUAGCCUUCCAUUGGAAGAUUUUAUGAAGCAAAGAAGGAUCCCAACCUUGACAUGUGAGCAACAGGGUAGUCUCGAUUCCUGCAUACACCCGCAAGUAGUUAGUGGAGAGAGUGAGAGACCCGGCCUCUCUGAUGAAGGGGGCCCCUGCAGCUAAGGUUUGAGAGUAUUAAAGGUGGUGGGAGUGUUUUCAUGAGUUCUAGUCAGAGCACUGAAACCGUUCUUCCAUGAAGAUCAAUAGUUUCUUUAAUUUUUUUUCUUUGAUCUUUUCUUUUUUCGCGAGUGUUAAUAUCACACGAGAGACUGAAAUCGGCCAUCUGCAGCCAUGAGGAAGAGUUUUUUUUUUUUUUUUUUUUGUUUGCUCUCUCACUUUCUCAAAAAAGUAUAGGUUUAAUUUUUCCCCUUCUUUUUUUAAAGAAAGUAAUUUUGUUCGAGC